AUGAAAGGAGCGCCUUCGCCCCACGUGGGCGCAGCCGCCAGUGGCCAAUGGACGCGCGCGGCGGAGGGCGAAGGGCAGGCCUGCGCCGCCGUAGACGCUGGGGACGCUAGCUUGCUCCUUCUUUUUGACGCUGUGAAGCAAAUGAUGCUGUUUGGAAAAAUUUCCCAGCAGCUCUGUGGCUUAAAGAAACUCCCAUGGUCAUGUGACUCCCGAUACUUCUGGGGCUGGUUGAAUGCAGUGUUUAAUAAAGUGGAUCACGACCGCAUCAGGGACGUUGGUCCUGACAGGGCGGCGUCAGAGUGGCUGCUGCGCUGCGGGGCCGUGGUGCGCUACCACGGCCAGGAGAGGUGGCAGAAGGACUACAACCAUCUCCCGACAGGCCCUCUGGGCAAAUACAAGAUUCAGGCGAUUGACGCCACUGAGUCCUGUAUCAUGAGCAUUGGAUUUGAUCACAUGGAAGGCCUACAGUAUGUUGAAAAAAUAAGACUAUGCAAGUGUCACUAUAUUGAGGAUGGUUGUUUGGAGAGACUUAGCCAACUUGAAAAUUUACGAAAAAGCAUGUUGGAAAUGGAAAUAAUUUCAUGUGGGAAUAUCACAGACAAAGGUAUCAUUGCUUUGCAUCAUUUCAGGAACCUCAAGUAUUUGUUUCUAAGUGAUCUUCCUGGAGUAAAAGAAAAAGAAAAAAUUGUUCAAGCCUUUAAGACAUCACUGCCUUCUCUGGAGCUAAAAUUAGACUUGAAAUAA